UGUCUAAAGAAAAAUAUUUUUUUUUUUUAAAUUUCGGAAUUACUAGUUUUAUUAUUUACAUAUGUGUUUAAAAAGGCAAUAUGUUGCCGGUUUGAUUGGCUCACUUGGGGCUCUGUGCUUGGGCAUGGUCAUGGGCUGGUCGGGUCCUGCGGAAAUGCUAAUAGCAAAGGGAAAAGGAUACUCAUUUGUGCCCACCAGCGACGAAUUUGGGUGGAUUGCCUCGCUGAUGACUCUGGGAGCUGCAUCCACCUGCCUACCGGUUGGCUAUAUGGCUGGCGUCUUAGGGCGGAAAAUGGUGAUGAUAGCGAUUUUGAUUCCAUUAAUGCUGGGCUGGCUCUUGAUCACGGCGGCUACACAUGUCCUAAUGGUACAGCUGGGGCGAUACGUAACGGGUGCAUCGGUUGGCGUCUAUUGUGUACUGGUGCAAAUCUAUUGUACGGAAAUAUCCGAGGUGAAAAAUCGCGGCGUAAUGGGCUCUUUCUAUCAGCUAUGGCUUACAAUUGGCAUAUUAAUAAGUUACACCGUCGGUGCCUACGUCCCUUUAUUCAUCUUUAAUAUCUUUUCCACUGUCGUGCCCCUUGUAUAUUUCCUUUUGUUCAUAUGGAUGCCCGAAACGCCGGCGUAUUACGUUCAGAAAGGCAAGACGGAUAAGGCCGAGAAGGCUUUGCAUUGGCUGCGUGGCAAAGAUGCGGACAUAAGCGCAGAUAUUCAAGCCAUUUCUAUUGAGAUCAAAAAAGAGAAAGUUAAUAUACGCAAAGCUAUGGGUCGCAAGACCACCCUCAAGGGCCUUGGCAUUUCGAUAACGCUGAUGGCACUGCAACAAUUUAUUGGCAUUAAUGCGAUUGCCUUCUAUUCGACAAGCAUUUUUGAGGAGGCCAAAACCGGAAUACCGUCGGAGGUCUGCACCAUUAUACUCGGAAUUGUAGGUUGUAUUGCCGUCGCACCUGCUAUCAUGUUCAUCGAUCGCUGCGGCCGCCGCAUAUUCCUGUUUGUCGCCGCUGCAGUAAUGUGCGUAAUGCAUUUCCUGAUGGGAGCGUACUUUCAUUGGCUAAGGGAUAAGAACGUAGGCUGGAUGCCAAUAUUGGCGAUUUGCAUAUUUGUCUUUGCCUUCUCGAUGGGCUUUGGUUACUUGCCGUGGCUGAUCAUGGCUGAAAUAUUUGCGGAAGAUGUGAAGCCUCUGUGUGCUGCCAUUUGUGGCACACUGAAUUGGAUAUUUGGAUUCACUGUCACAAAAUUGUUUCCGAUAUGCUUAAGUGUUGCCGGACCGGCUAUAACCUUUUGGAUUUUCGCAGGUAUCGCACUGCUCGCCUUCUUUUUCACUUUCGUUGUGCCGGAGACAAAAGGCAAAACUUUGGCUGAAAUCCAAGAAGAGCUCCAAGGCAAGCCUAUUUGAGGAGUUCGACAUCACUUAAACACAUAUAUAUAUAUAUGUAUAUGUAUAGACAUAUAUAUGCAUACUCAUAUUUACAUACUCCCACGCACUUUAUAUAUGUAUGUAUCCAUUCAUAUAUCUAUAUAUAGCUGUCACUUCGACAGUCGGUGAAAAGUGAGACGUAUAAGAAUUAAUCUAAUUAAGAUGCAUAUAUAUAUAUGUAGUGUGAUCCUCAGACAUAUAAGAGAUUUAAGGUUCAUAGUCAAAAAGAUGCUUAAAAACAGCUAAUUCGACUACUUAAGAACAGUCAAAUUCUCUUUUUGUCAUUUUCAAACCUUUAGACAAGACACAAUUCCAAUAUAAUAGACUACAUGAUACACAAAUAGACUAAUUAACCUUAGU